AACUCAAGUUUUGUGUGACUCCUGAAAUUGUAGCAUUGAUGAGGAUUGUGAUUGGGCUGAUCUUUGCAAUGAUCUGCUCCUCAUUGGUGCAGAUGCUGCUUGACAUAACUGGCCCUACGGGGAGGAUCAUGAAGUGUUUCAGGAAGAAUGCUGUUGCUGGUAUUUUCUCUGUGUUGGUGUGUGUGUUGUGUGUUGGGGUGUGCUACUACAUAAUUAUGUUGAUUGAGACGCAGCAGGAGGCCACCAAACCUGUGGUGGGUCCUACGGCUGUAGCUCGUGUACAGGUCAAACUGGAUGUUGGUUUUUAUCUCCUCAUAUUUGCAGGUGGUUUGUCAGUUAUAGCAGUGGGUUGUAGCUGGUUGAGACCAGCACAUCUAUUCCAAGACUCAGAUUCUGCUCCCCUGAUGGAGGACUGGGGCGGCCUUGAAGGAUUGGAGACCUUUUCUGUGCCACCAGGUAGCUCACUAUCAGCUCACAUCCCUUACUUAAGUGACCUUGAACCUCCACCACCAGUUGAAGGCCAUCCUCCACCUCCUUAUACUCCAUAGACAGUUUCAUGGAGGAUGUAUCAUGUGCUGAAGUAUUUAUAUUGUGAGGGUAGAACAUGUUGCGAUCACUGGAAAAUUACAAUUCAUCAGACUUUAUGAUAAUAAUGGAAAUACUGUACACUAAAACCUCCACAAUUCUGAUUACUAGGGACUCUACCUUGUUGAAAUAAAGUGGAUUCCAAAUUAUAAUCACUUCUGUACACGUCCAACAAAGAUGACCUAUCCAGUAUUUUCAACUUAUCAGCAAUUGACAGACUUGUAUUUUCCUCUUGGUUUCAAUACAGUUUUCUUAACAGCUCAUGUAGAAGUGCACCCAGUACAUUUGUUGAAAGACAUUACAAAACACUGUAGGCUUCCAAAAUGUUUAAAAUACAAAGUUUGUCAGUGAUGGACCAUACUUCUACUCACUACAUAUUACUUGUGCCAGCUGACAGAUGCUGCCUCUGCUAUCCUCUGGGCGAGAGGAAGCUAUGUGCCAUGUGGCCCAUUUCAGAAGUUAUUUUAUAUAUUGUGGUAAAGGCCAUUGUAAGUUUUGAUGUUCAGAAUUUCCAAAAAUAGCGAAAUUAUUAGCAUGUAAAAUUAUGAAUUUCGGAGGUUUUAAUGUAUAACAUAAACACUGAUAUAUGUGCAUUACAAAGCACCAAUAAUACAAGUGAUGUUAUCCUAAGGAUAUGACUUACUUCCAAUUUACUUUACAAUAAUUUGUAGAUAAAUAUUUGUAUGACAGAAUUAUUUUAUCUUCACAAUACAUUUGAUUUCUUGAAGUCUUGUUGAUACAAAUACUUGGUUGGUUGUCAAAAUUACUUUAUCAACACCAGACAUUUGCUUAUAUGUACAGUACAAUAAGUCUAAUUUAAAGUUGCCAUUAAACAAUACAGUACCGAAUAGUGUUUUGUGGAUACUGUAACAAGUUUGUGGGUCAGAUACACAUAAUCUUCUUUAGAACAGUCUCAUGAGACAAAUCACCAUGAUUUUGUAAUUGCAUCUUGAAUGGAUAAGUAAUCUCCCCAUUAGCCAGAAUCCCCAGUCCCUGGAACUCUUCAAUAGCCAAAAUGGAAAUUGGCCUGGAAUUUUUCUGGAAAAAUAUCUCAGUACAGGGUCUGGGGAUGAAAAUCAGGCACAUUUUCCAGAAAAAUUCUGAUAAAAUCUCUCCAAACCUCUUUGUACUGGACCUGGAAGCAAAUUUUGAGAGAGUUCUGAUAGAUUGCAGCAUGCUCCGUCACAGCCCCACGUGAGAGGCGCAUAGGUGGGCUAUCUGCUUUUGGUAGCUUGUAUGCUUGAUUCAUAUUCUGCUGACAUUGUAAAGGUUGUUACCUCACUAGCUGCUGUUUUUGCAUAAAAUAUGUUGUGCAGUACUGUACAUUACUGUACCAGGACAGAAUCAGCCAAUAAUACAUCAUUAAAGUUGUGUUAUGACGUAAAAAGUGUUUACAGUUUCAGUAAACCCCCAUAAUUCGAAAUAUUAGGGGCUUAGCCUUUACGAAAUAAGAGAUUUUACAAAAUAUGAGGGACACCUUCUCUUGAGGGGAAAAACCCAAAACAACUGUACGUUUUUGUUAUCUGCCCCCAUCAAAAUUUAAACGUUUCUAAGUACAAUAUAAUAAAUUUAGGGUUAUUAGACAUACUGGCUCAAACACUGGGUAAUGAUGGAAAAACUUGCGUGUAGACCAUAGAUGUGCACUUCAAUGGACCAAUAUGAACUGACUGUGACUGACACAUGUGACAGGUAUAAUACUUGUUUAUACUGAGGUGGGCGGUUGCAUCCCAUGGCCUCAUGGCGACUUGUGUCAUAUAUAUGUACAGUAUUCGUAAAUGGCUCAUAAUCUGAAAUUUUACCAAAUAUGUAUUACAAAAAAUAAAAUAUAUACUACUGUACAGUGGGGUAUGCUAUAACGAACGGACCCUACUACGAAUAUUCCUAUAACGAACGGUUUUACCUAUAAAAUUGAGAAUGCUAUAACGAACGAA